AUGAUUGAAUCAGUAUGGUCAAUUAAGAUAAUGGAGGGAGUAUCAGAAGAUUUUUAUGAUUCAGGACCAACAUUUCAAUAUCCAAAUCCUCUAUCAUCAAUUUAUGAUAAAUCCAUGAACAUUGAUUUAAUGAAUCAUUAUCAUCCAUCUACAUCACUAAUAACAAAUAGUAAUAACCCAUUCUAUGAAUCAUUGAGUGAUACAAGUAGUGAUGAUUUAAAUAAUGAAGAUAAUAGUAAUAGUAAUAAUAAUCAAAAUAAUAAUAAUAAUAAUAAUAAUAAUAAUAAUAAUAAUAAUCAAAAUAGUAAUAAUAAAUUAUUAGGAAUUGAAAAACAAUUACAAUCAAUAAAUUUAUUAACAAAUAAAGUGGAUUGGAGUGAUUACCAUCAACAAGUUUAUCAUGGAUGUUCAAAUGAGAAUAGUCAAUUAAUAAGUUGGUCAGUGGAUAACCAAAUAGCAUUCACAAUGAAUUUCAAUAAGAAUCAAUUCAUUAAACAAGAGCAACAACAAAUCUAUAUAACCAGAGUAGAGUAUCCACAUGAAUAUGUCGUUAUAAAGACAUCACAUACCAAUAGUAUAAAAUGUUUAGAGUGGUCAACUCAGUCACCUUCAAAUUUAUUAUUAUCAUUUGAUCAAUCUGAUAAAUUAUGUCUUUGGAAAACUAAAGAUAAUUGUUCAGAUGAUUGGUAUUGCUUACAUAUUUUCCCUUUUCAAUAUUUAUUACUUUCAAAAUGGUUACCAUUACGUUCAACUUAUACUCCAAUUUUUGAUCCUUUUAAUUUAAAUAAUACCAACAAUAAUAAUAAUAAUACUACAAAUAUAAAUAAUAAUAAUAAUAAUAAUAGUAAUAAUAGUAAUACAAGUACGAAUACAUUUAAAUCACCAUUUGAAUCAUUAAUAACUGAUAAUCAUAUUGAUAAUUCUUUUCAAACUUUUAUAAGUAUAACUAAAGAUGGAAAGAUUUAUAUAGGGUAUUAUGGUAUAGUUGAAAGUUGUUGGAAAUAUAUUAUUGGACAAAUUCCAUUACCAUUUUAUCAUACGAUUGAUUGUGUUGAUAUAUUUCCAACUCAAGAACCAGAUUCACUUUUAGUUACAAUCUAUUCAAAGAAUAUAGGAUUAGCUUUAAUAGUUUAUCAUAUUAAUUAUAAUAUUCAUACAAGUGAGGUUACAGUAACAUUAAAAGAUAAAAUAUCAAUGAGUAAUAUAAUUGAACAGCAACAACAACAACAACAACAACAACAACAACAACAACAACAACAACAACAACAACAACAACAACAACAACAACAACAACAACAACAACAACAACAACAACAACAACAACAACAACAAGAUGUAGAUAUUAGAUCAUUAAGUUUUAGGAUUAGUUCAAUACAGUUUGAUAAUUCAAUGAGUAGUUUAAUUGUAUUAAUGAAAGGAAUUGAUUCAAGUGCAAUAUAUAGAUUAGAGAAAAAGCUUAUUAGUAUUGAUUCACCUCAAUUAUCAAUAUUCGAAUUAUUAAGUGGUACAGCACCAAAUGAAACUAAUCAAGAGAUUGAAGAAUGGACAUGCACUGCUAAAAGAUUAUUUUAUACACCAAAUAAUAAUAAUAGUAAUAAUAAUAGUAAUAGUAAUAAUAAUAAUAAUAGUGGAAAUAAUUUCAAUCAUUAUUCAACAAUAUCAUCAAUUUAUUUUUCAUCAACUACAGGUUUCCUUUGGUUAACUCAUUCAAAUGGUUCAAUUGAAAUAGUUGAUAGAUUAACUUUUGAAUCAAUUUCAACAUUGAAAGAAUCUGAAAAACCAAUUGAUAAUAUAAUCAUCUCUUCAAAUUUAAAUAAUGAAAAUAGUGAACAAUCAAUAAUGAAUUCACCAACUAUAAGUGGUUCAACUUCACCAAUUUUACAAUCAACUAAAGCUAAUUCACCUCAUUCUAUAAAAGAUGAUUCAAUGGUAAUUGAUCCAUCAAAUCCAACAUCAACAUCAACAACAACAUCAUCAACAACAUCUCAAAUACAAGAACAAGAUAAUAAUAAUAAUAAUAAUAAUAAUAAUAAUUUUUUACCAUCAACUAAAAAUACAACAUUAUCAAUUACAUCAUCACCAAAUGGUGGAUUAAUUGCAUGUUUAAAUAGUGAUUUAAAGGUUACACUUUAUUCAUUACCGAUUAAAUCAAUUGGUACAUCACCAGAUAAUCAAAAGGUAGUUUCAAAAUGGUUAGCACAAUUAUUUCAAAAUUCAAUGUUGAAAUCUAAUGAUUGGUGGGAUAUUUUAAUUUUAUUGAAAAUUUAUUCAACUUCACCAGAUACUCGUACAACUUUUCAUCAUACGAUUAUACAUCUGUCAAGUGAUUUCUCAUGUUUACCACUAACAUUUCAACAAACUUAUCGACAUUGUUUUGAUGCUAUCAAAGCAUCGAUCUAUAGAAUCGUAUCAGGUAUGGAAGUUGCUUUUGUUGAUAGUCAAGCUAAAUCUUUUAUCUAUUAUCUUUGUGAUACUUUGAAAUCAUCUUUUUCUCCAUUGUUAAUGCAACCAUCACAACAAUCUGAUGGCACUACAAAUCAACAAACCUUAAAAGAACGUGAAAAUAUAAUUAUCUUAAUUGAUUGGGCAAUAGAAUUUAGUCAAUUCUUUUUAAAGAAUUGUUAUUAUUUCUCUUUUGUAUAUGCAAAAAAAGGUGAUAUCUCUGUUAAAAUACCCGAAUCAAUGUUAGAUUUACCAAUUAAACAUUAUUUCCCUUUUUAUUAUUCUGAAACAAAAGGAAAUUUUCAUUUUCCAAUUAUUAGUUUUUUAUGUGACUUUAAUUUAUUAUUUGUAAUAUUUGAAUUAAUGAAUAUAAGUAAAUUAUUUAAAGAAAAGACAUCAACAUCACAGUCAAAAGUUAAAUUUAAAAAAUCAAAAGAGAUUGAUUUCUUUUUAGAGUAUUUUACAAAGAUUAUAAAAGUUUUAUGUAAAGAGGUAGUUUCAUCAUCAUCAUCAUCAAAUAAUAAUAAUCCAGAUGAAAUUAAUAAUACAUUGGGAUUAAUUGAUACUUAUCUUAGUACUUUCUAUGGAUUUUUAAGUGAAGAUAAAUUAGAUCAAGUUAUAACACCUCCAGCUAUUGAAUGUAAAGGUUCUCAUAUGAAUUCAAUUAUUGCAAUAAUGAAAAAAUUCGAUUCAAUCAUACCUUCUGAAGUCAUUGCUGAUACAAAUGAUAUUUCAAUUAAUAUCUCUUAUUCAAUUUUAGAUUUAGAUCCACCUUUAGAUGGUUUCUUAGAUCAAAAUCCAAUAACUUCUUCUUCAUUGUCAACAAUACAACAACAACAACAACAACAACAACUUGGAAAUAGUAGUAACAAUAAUAAUUAUAACAAUAAUAAUAAUAAUGAUACUAGUGGUAAUGGUUCAGUAAUAUUUAAAUAUUCACCAAAGAGUACUGAAUAUAUGGGAAUUGUUCAUGAUAUUAUCACAAGAAUACCAAUUGCACCAAGAAUUGAUAAACCAUACAAAAAAUGUAUUAGAUGUCAUAGAAUUACUGUGAUGUUACGUACCUCUAUGUUUUGGUCUGAUCGUUGGUCAAUGGCUUGUCCAAUUUGUGGUGGAAAAUGGAAAUCUUAUCAAUCUUCCUCUUCUUCAUAUUCUUCUUCCUCCAAUACUCAUGAUAUUGCCAACAACUUCAACAGCAACUUUUACAACAACAACUACAGCAGCAACAACUUCAACAGCAACUAUUACAACAGCAACAACAACAACAACUACAACAACAACAACUACAACAACAACAAAUACUACUUCAACAACAGCAACAACAACAAAAUCAACAAACACCUCAACAAAACCAACAAACACCUCAACAACAUCCACCGACACCACAAUCACAUAUUAAUCAACAGAACUUGA